AUGGACGCCUUCUUCACUGCCCUCUCCGCCUCCCAGAACAAGGCCCAGUACACCUCCGACGUCCAGGACGCCGCCCAGGGCAUCAACACCGAUCUCCUCAAGGUCGCCGUCGAGGUGGUUCUGGCUGGGGAUGAUUCCGCCUCUGUCGAGGGUGACCAGGCUGCUGCCCUGAAGGCCGGUUUCGAGUUCGCUGCCAAGCUGGUCAAGAUGCUGGAGAAGGAGCCUGGCCAGAACGAGAUGCUGAACCUCUACAAGUACUUCAAGCGGGGUAACGACCAGACUCCCGCCCAGCCGGGCAUGUUCGCUCUCGAGGCCAAGUACAAGUACAACGCGUGGAAGGAGAUCAGCCACAUCAGCGCCCAGAAGGCCCAGGCCAAGUACAUCGAGGAGGUUAACGCCCUGAUCGUCAAGUACGGUACUCGCGCCUAA